AUGCUUUCCUCGAGGCCGAGGGUGAACGAUGACAACGAGAGCUCGGUGACGGCGCGUUGCCGCGCUUUGUCCGUUUGCCCCCACCACCCGACCAGCGACGUGUACCUCAGGAUAAAACCGACCCUCGACCCGACCCCUGCCGAGGAGACGUACGCGUUGCCCGACUCGACCACCACUCUCCACGUAAGGAGGGGGGAGAACGCGGAGAGAAGGUACUCGUUCACGAGGAUAUUCGACGGGGAGACGAAGCAGGCCGAUUUCUUUUACGAGAGCGUGCGAAGGCAGGUGAUCCACCUGCUUCUGGGCGAGAGUUCGACGGUGAUCGCUUACGGGGCGUCGAACACCGGCAAGGCGUACCCUCUGUACGGGACCCCGGAGGAGCCUGGCGCCAUACCCCGCUCGAUCGAGCUGUUGUUCUCGGCCGUAAACUGCACCCUCGCCCCCUGGUACAAGAUCGCGGACGACAACACGGUGGUCGCGUUGGACGAGCCCGAGCGCACCCUCGAGAUAUUGAACAGGACCAGUCUGAUAAACCCGAACGUGAUGGCCAAGGAGGAGUACACGCAGGCCCGAAUGUCCCUCGACAACUCGAACCCCCGCCUCGCCGAGACCGAGGAGAGGGACCUGUGGAGCGACGGGUGCAUCUCCUCCGUUUGGAUCUCGGUCGCUGAGAUCUACAACGACAACGUGUACGAUCUUCUGAUCGGGCACGAGCGGGAGAGAAGGCCGCUCAAGGUGACGACGCGGAGGGACGGGUCGACGUUCGCCAACGGCUUGAAAUUCGUCCACGUAACGACCGCCCUCGAGGCUUGCCAAUUAAUGAUCCUCGUCCAGUCGAGGAUGACGGUCGAGUCGUCCAACGCGUCCCAAUCCCACACCUUCUUCACCCUCAAGUUGCUCAAGUACGAGAAGGAGAACAGGCCGGACACGGUGCGGGNGAAGUUGAGGGAGGAGGCGGAGCUCUGGAGGCGCGGCAGGGAGGAAGGGGCGCGGGUCUCGAGGCACACGCAAUCGGACGUCUCUUGCCUCGAUUACGACCGGUUGAGGGAGAGGAACAGGGAGUUGGCGGAGCGCGUGCAGGCGUUGGAGGAAGGGAAUUUGAAUCGGGAGUACGAGAUCAGGCAGGAAUUGGUGGAUCGGUACUCGGUCGCGAUCGAGGAAUUGGAGUCGUGUUGGAGGAAGCGCGUACAGGACAUCGAGGACGAGGGGAGGAAUCUGUUGAAGUGGUCGAACGCUAUGAUCACGUCGAAGGUGGUCGUUCUGAGGGAGAUGGUGCGCGAUCUGAGAAGCGAGAACGAGUUGUUGGUUACGGACAGGAACAAGUGCAGCUUCGAGUUGGUGUUGACCAAGGAGAAGUUGAAAGGUUUCCACGACCUGAUACGCGCUCAUUUCCCCGNGUUGUUCGCCAAGGUUCGGGACGAAGCGGACGACAUCGGUUGCCUCCUGUACGAGUUGAAGCGUAUACUGGACGAGAAGACGGAGGACAUCGAGUCGUUGGAGAACAACCUGAGCCGGGCCUCGGAGGAUUACGUGAAGAUGGUGACGAAGACGAUCGACACGGAGAAGGAGUUGCGCGAGACGAAGAGCAGGCUGCAAGAGGUGUUGUCGAGGGCGAAAGAUUUCGAGAACGAGGUGAAAGAGAAGACGAACCUCGCCAACGAGUUGCAACUCCAGUUGCAGUUGUUGAGGAAGGAAUUGGUCGGGAUACGGGAAUGUGAGAGCGGUUACGUUGUUACUAGUUUGAAAUCUGUCGAGAAAGGGGACGCGCAGCGUGAUCUCACCCGGAAAUAUGUUUACAGCGAUGACCCGUUCUCCAGCGACAACAGCGAGAACAACGCGGAGCUAGCCGCGAGCCGAAAAGCGCGCGGGAAAGCGGAUCGUUGCUCGUACGACGAUUACGAUUACGAUAAAAAGAGGGUGUCGUUGAACGCUAUGGAGUCGGAUUUGCACAAGUCGUAG